AUGAGGAUUCAUACAGGAGAGAAACCGUUUAGUUGCUCUGAGUGUGGUAAAAGAUUUAUCCGUAGGGGCGAUCUAAAUAGACAUAUGAGGAUUCAUACAGGAGAGAAACCGUUUAGUUGCUCUGAGUGUGGUAAAAGAUUUAUCCAUAGGGGCGAUCUAAAUAGACAUAUGAGGAUUCAUACAGGAGAGAAACCGUUUAGUUGCUCUGAGUGUGGUAAAAGAUUUAUCCGUAGGGGCAAUCUAAAUAUACAUAUGAGGAUUCACACAGGAGAGAAACCGUUUAAUUGCUCUGAGUGUGGUAAAAGAUUUAUCCGUAGGGGCGAUCUAAAUAAACAUAUGAGGAUUCAUACAGGAGAGAAACCGUUUAGUUGCUCUGAGUGUGAUAAAGGAUUUAACCAAAGGAGCAAUCUUAAUAGACAUAUGAGGAUUCAUACAGGAGAGAAACAGUACACAUGUGAUGUCUGUAAGAGAAAGCUACCUACCUGUCUCCAUGAUUACACCUAUAGAGCACACACAGGUGGAGAGGGGACUGUAUGCAGUUCGAACACAGCUCCAAACACGGCUAAUGAAACCACAGUGGUUACAGCACUAAAUGUCACUAGAGUGGGCCAAUCAGACAUCACCUCCAUGAUCAUCCUGGUGUCGGUGUCUACAGCCAAAAACCCAUCUAAUGAGCAGCUUGUGUAUGCAUUGUUAGACACCCAAAAUGAUAGCACCUUCAUCGAUGAAGAAUUAGCCAAUCAGUUACAAGCAGAUGCCUACCCUACUCAGGGGACCACCAGAGACCCAAAGAACGAGUGA